AUGGUUAGGGAGAGGAGUUCAAAAUUUAGUCAACAAAUAGCAUUUGAACGAAUGAUAAACCAUCAACAAGGAAUUAAUCAGUCUGUUUACGAUUUCUGUUGGGGAAUGCUACAUAUCAGUCGUGAAAUUGAUCCACAGCCAACAGCUCAUAAUAUUUUGCAACAUCUGAUUUCAAAUGUAAAGCCCUUUCUGAAACGACGAUGGCCCACACAACAACAGCCAUUACAGCAGAUACGUUCAGAUACUGCUCAAAGUCAUCCAACGCCGGCUGAUCUACAACAGGCAGUUACUUCUCAACCUGCAGCUGCAGUAUCCAAUGCACAAAAACCACUAAGUAAAGGACAAGUAUUUGAAAAUUCCAAUAAUCGCGGCUCAUAUUCAAACUAUUCGGGUUGUCAUAUUUGUGGAUCACUUGAACACUAUGCCGGAAACUGUCGUGAACGACAGGGUUUCGAGCAGUGGAGUCAUUGA